UCACGGAGGAAGGGCGUAUGCCAGUUCGUUCUUUAAAUUGAAAAAAACGUGAUCCAACAAACAAUUUUUCCACUAAAAAAUUUACAAAAAAUUAAAAUAAAAAAAAACUACUUCAACAAUUUAAAUAAAAAUUUUCAAAAAUAAACCAAUAAAUAUUUAAUUACAAUAAAAUAUUUUUAAAUAAAUAUAUAAAAAUUUAUUAAAAACAUUUAAAAGUCAGGGAAUAAAAAAUUAAUUUAAUGUUAAUUUUUUUUUUUUUUUUAAAUUGUGAAGAUUGACAACAAAAACAAUUGACGAACAAAAAAAGGGUUUAAACAAAAAAAAAAAUUAAUAAAAAAGUCAUUAAGUGAAGUGCAAAAAAAAUGGCCUAAAAUGGAUUUUUAAAAAUUGUUUUAAUAGUUAUUAUAUAUAUAUGCAAAUUUUGAGUGUGAGAUAAGAGUAAAUUAUUCAAGAUUAUGAAGAAUAUAAAAUGAUUGUGUUAGAUAAAAGAUUUAUAUAGUUGGGAGGAAGGAAAAAAAAAGUAAUCACAGCGCGCAGUGAAGGAAUUCGUAUUUCAUGUUCAGUGUUGUAAUGACGAUUAGGAUAAUAGUCGGUGGGCAAUUUCUAGCGUCAUUCGCUCGCAUCCGCAGCGUUACAAAGGAGCAUUUUGAAGCGAGCUUCUUUAUUGCAAGACGAGGAGGUUAUGCAUUUUGCUAUGCGUGCUUUUAAGUUGAAUGUUACGAGAGAAGAAAGAAUCACGUAAAACAAUCUAAGCUGUUUUGUGUGAUAUAAGAGGUGGACAUUUCGAAACAUGGCUUCUAUGUGCGGAAGUAGCAAGAGUCAUCCAACAUUAACGACCAACAGCUUCUAUCGGCCUGGCGCUUAUCCUUAUCAGAGCGAUUAUUUUCUUCCGCCCCGUUCAGCAUGGUCGAGAGUACCCCCACAAACUUCAAAGAAGAAACAAGCCGAUUCUUCAUGGAAAUUUGGCAGUACUAUGCUAAUUAUUAUAGCUAUGCUAGUUUUAAUGGCAGUCUUAGCAAUAGGAGGUUUAGCUUUAUGGAUGGGAGCUCUUAGAACAGAUUCAAAAACAGCCAUCAUAGGUUUUUUCUGUAGCUUCAGGAUAGUAAAGGGGGAAAAAUAUAAUCCAAUGUUAAAGCUUAAUACCAGUAUGGUAUUCAGAGAUAAGGAACGUAAAUAUAAAAAUAUUGUUGAACAUCUCUUUAGAAGAAGUAUCUUGGGCCCCUCCUACAAACAGGCAUUUAUCGACAGAUUCGAAAAUGAAACCUUGAAAGUCUUCUUUAGACUCUAUCUUGAUAGAAGGAAGGUACCAAGGUCUAUUGCAAAUUUAGAAGAUACUAUAGAGGAAAUUAUUGUUAAAGAAACUUAUUCAAUUACAUCAGUUUUCAAAGACAUGGAACUCGAUUUAACCAGUGUUUCCGUGAAGAGAAUAAAUUCAGAUACAACUUCCGGUCAAAGAUCAAGUCUAACAAGUCAGCAGAGAAACGCCAUGAUCACCAAGAAUGGAAUUUUGCGACCCAAUAAAAAUAGUUCCCUUCUCACUAAUUCCAAACUUAAAACAAGACCAACCAAAUUUGAAUCAAGUGAACCGGAAAUUGAUUUCAAUAAUGUUCCAACAAUUCAGGGAACCUAUAAAGCCACUAAACUCAAUCCAUUUCAAAAUAGUUCAACAGUCAAAAUAACUACUACCAAAGAAACAGAAACUUCUUUCACAACUCCAAAAACAACAUCAGAAACAACAAAAUCCGAUCAAACAACUUCUGAAAGUUCAAUAACAAAAACGGAAAUUUCAACAAAAUCCACAAUUUCAAGUACGACAAAAAUUAAUGACGAGCUACAUAAAGAUUUUGUGAAACCUGAUUUUGAAACAUCACCCUGGAAACCAAUAAUUCCAACUUUUAUCAAUACCGAUUUGAAACCUUUAACCGAACGCAAUGAAGCGCAUUUUAAUCCAAAUCCAACAAAAAUCACACAUCCUUUUGUUCAACCUGUCAGAGAUAAAGAAUUAAUACGCGACGAAGAAUUAAUAUUGGGUACUCCAAUAUCCGAAGUAAAGCCACCAGAUUUAUUUUUAAAUCAAUCACAAAUCACACGACCAGUUAAUCCACCUGGAAUGAAUACAUUUGACGCAGAGGAAACAGAUUUUCCACACGAUCGAAUUGUUCCCGAUGAGGAAUCAAAAGUCAAAAAUAAUUUUACCCACAACUCCGAAGAUCAUGUUCGGCGGCCUGAUAUUGAAAUUUCCGGUCAAUUACCUCCCGAUACAUUUGAAUUAAGAUUGAAAACAUCACCGGAAUCAUCAAAGGAUAUUGAAAAAAGUCAUUUGGACAUAAUAACUCAAAUAAAUUCUCAAACAUCAACAGUGUCAUUUGACCGUAAACCAGUGAGUCGAUUGGAUGAUUCUAAUUUUUCGAGUACCAGACCUGCUACAACAAUUGAUUUUGAAACAUCUGAAUUGCCAACACUUCUCACAAAUGAAAAACCCUAUUUCGAUGAAAUGCCCCUACAAAUUUCCGGUAUUGGUGUUGCCGAACCAGUAUCUGAUUUAGAAAUUGAUCUAGAGAGUAGAAAUCGAUUUUCCGAAAUAUCAGCAAUCACUGAUGACACAAGUCUCAAGAGACCCGAUCAUAUUAUUCAGCAACCAAUUUACACGAGUUAUCGAACACCCGAUUUAAACGGUGGUGCUAGACCCAGUUUGGUUGAACAUUCAGGAACUCUUAAACCUUUUAGACACACAAUUCCAGUUGAUAAAAUUGCCUCCGUUUGGGAAGAUGAUGAAAUUAUUCCACAUCCCAUAAUUGAUAAUCCAAAGAAGCACGAUACGGAAAAACAUCUUCAAACCGGAGUCGCCACAAUAACUGCCGUUCAAUUUGAGAGAAACGAUGAUAAAACCGAUUCCAAACAUAUUGUCAAUGGCAAUCCUCGUGUUCCCAGUUCUUCACAAAAAAAGCAAAAUCAAUCUCCAUCUAAUUUAGAAAGAAUCGUCGAAUUUGAAACCCACGUUAAGGACACUGAUACUGACAACAGUAGUCACUUCCAUUUGUCAAAUUCCUCCAAAAUUGAAUUAUCAUUAGAAUCCGAAGAAAUUGAAAAAUCAACAGAAACCAUGAAUCUAACUGAAGAAAUCACAAAAGUUGAAACUCCUAUUUCAAAAGAGUCUCUCAAUACCAGUACUGAUUUUCCACAAUUGGAAAUUUCAUCAGAAUCAUUGAGAUCAAAUUUUUCACCUUCAAAAACUGAUCAUGAUUCAACAACAAAAAAAUGGUUAAAUUCAAGAAAUUCAACCUUCGUCGAAAUAAAUACAAUGAAACAUGUUCCUGGAAAAUUAUCAUCAACAUCAUCAUCAGUGGGAACUAUUGAAGAGCCAUCAUUAUGGUUCGCUGCUGUUAAUGAAAGUUCAACAACAACAUUGGAUGCAAAGAGAAAAGUUUAUAAUGCCACAUUAAAAGCAAAUGUUGUGGAAAAUAAUCUUGUAACAUUAGCACCAGUCAAAAGUAACACUGGUGUUAGGCCAAUUCGGCCAAGACCAAAAAUUGACAAAGAAAAAUCAACAAGACUUUUGGAAAAAUCAUCAUCAACUACUACCACCACUACUGAUACGCCAUUUCAAGCUCUCAAUGAAGCUGCACUUCUAAAUAGACUAUUCAAUUUACAAUUAUUGGCAAGGGAACCACCACCAUUACCACCCAUUGGAAAAGGUAAUAUAACAAAAGUCGUUAAACCAUUGAAUCAUGAAAAUGGAAGUGUCGAGCAAAUUAUCGAAGUUGUCACAUCCAUUAGCACUAAAGUGUCAUCAAGUAUUCAGGGAAAUCCAGUUACUCUCAAGCUCAUUGUCACAAAUUCCUCCACAACAACGGCACCUGAAGCAACACGAAAAAUGGAUAUCACAACCGAACAUAAAACAACAGCAAAUAAACAUUUAGGAAUCACUAAUUUAGGUAAUGUAAAUUUACGACAAUCCACAACUAAUAAGAAUUCACAAAAUUUUGGCAAAGUCGAAAUUAUCGAAACUCGAUCAUUUCAAAAUGAUGAUGAUGAUGAUGAUAAUAAUAAAUCCAGGGAUAAAUUAUUUGCAUGGUCAGGUGAUGAUUCUUCCACAAUGCAAACAUCAGAUAGAAAAACAUCAAAUGGACAACAAAAUCAAUUUCUUAUUGAUCAAUUGAAACAAUUUGCUGAUGUAAGAACUGUUGACGAUUCAGGUACAUCUAAACCAAAAAUUAUUAAAAAUAAUUACAAUACACAAAUUAAAGAUUCACAACAACCUGCGACGUCGACAAAUGUUGAUGAAUUGAAAAAAAUUGCCGACAUUACAACUGGUAAUGAGACAACAAUUUUCAAGAAUAGUUCAUCGAGUUUCACUGUCAGUCGCGAUGGAGUUGAAGUGAUGAUGAAAGUCCUCACAAAGAAAGAUGAGCGAAUUGAUAAAAAAAUAUCGACAACUGAAGAAAAUAUUCUUCAAAGUACAGCAGAAAAAUGUACUGGUUUCCGGUGUAGCGAUGGAAAAUGUUUGCCAUUUGGUGCUCGAUGCAAUAUGUUAAGUGAAUGUACAAAUUCCGAAGAUGAGGCUAAUUGCACCUGUGCAGAUUUCCUUAAGGCACAGCUCUUUCAUCAAAAAAUCUGCGACGGUGUUCCCGAUUGCUGGGAUUAUUCCGACGAAACAAAUUGCGUUUGGUGCAAGGAAGGACAAUUCGUUUGUGGAAACAAUAGAUUUUGCAUCGAUCAAAAUAAAGUUUGUGAUGGCAUUAGAGAUUGUCCAGAUGGUGAGGACGAGAAAAAAUGUGCUGCUCUAAUAGAUGAUAAAAUAGAAGAUGAAAAUUCUUUCAAUAUUCCAAGUAUCAAUUCUGAAAAAUCAGCUAAAGAUGAACAAAUUUUUGAAACACCCUUUGAUUAUGAUCAACUAGCAGUUGAAUCUCUUGUUCUUGAAAGUACAACUUUUCAAAAUGAGGGAAAUGAUGAAGAAAAAUUGACUAAUAAUUCAACUGAAGCUGAUUAUAUUUCAUUUUCCCAUGAUAAAAAUGUCACUGAUGUUGCUUCAGGUAGAGAAAUUGAUUCAAAUUCAAAAACUAGUUUAAAUUCUCAAAAUUCCUUUCAGACAAAUGCCAAAGAUGGAAUUUCUUUUAUGAAAAAUAGUAAUCAACGUGAAGUGUAUAAUUAUAAUGACAGGGGUUUCUUGCAUGUGAGAAAAAAUGGAAAAUGGGGCAAACUUUGUCUGGAAAAUAUUAAUAAUUUAAUGCUUGAAAAACAAACGUCUUGGACUGUUGAAGAUUUAGGAAGAGCCGUCUGUAAAGCCAUUACCUAUCAAGAUUAUGAGAGGGUGGAAAAAGUUAAGGAAGACUUGACUUUGAUCGAUCGCCAUUAUUAUAGUUUAUCACUUAACGACAAAAUAUCAGAUAAGCCGAGUUUAACUUUUAAACCCACAACAUGUCCCAGUAGAGAAGUUCUCAAAGUGAAAUGCAAAAAUCUCGAGUGUGGAAUCAGAACACAAGUUUUGUCCCAAGCAAGAAUCGUCGGUGGCGGUAGUUCUUCAGCAGGUAGUUGGCCCUGGCAGGUUGCGCUUUACAAAGAGGGCGAUUAUCAGUGCGGAGGUGCUCUUAUCAAUGACAGAUGGGUUCUUUCAGCCGGGCACUGUUUUUAUCAUGCUCAAAAUGAACAUUGGGUGGCGAGAAUUGGAGCGACUCGUAAAGGCAAUUUUCCUAGUCCUCAUGAACAACUUUUGAGAUUGGAUUACAUUUCAUUGCAUCCUGAUUACAUUGAUAAUGGAUUUAUUAAUGAUAUAGCUCUCUUGAGACUUGAGGCUCCUGUAACAUUCAGCGAUUAUGUUCGACCUGUUUGUCUACCAGAAUCCGAGCCAAAAAGUGGAACAAUGUGUACCGUCACCGGAUGGGGACAGUUAUUUGAAAUUGGACGAAUAUUUCCUGACACUCUUCAAGAAGCGGAACUUCCUUUAAUCUCCACGGAGGAUUGUCGAAGAAAGACACUAUUUCUGCCUCUUUAUAGAAUCACGUCCGGAAUGCUUUGUGCUGGCUUGAAAGAUGGUGGGAAAGAUGCUUGCCUAGGAGACAGUGGAGGUCCACUCGUUUGUUCAGAAUCUGAUAACAGAUUCACUCUUCAUGGUUUGACUUCCAAUGGUUAUGGAUGCGCAAGACCAGGAAGACCGGGAGUUUAUACAAAAGUUUAUCACUAUUUGCCAUGGAUGGAACGAACGAUAAGUCGAAAGGAAAUUCCGCCAAUGAUGACUUCUUGCAAAGGUCACAGAUGUCCCUUGGGAGAAUGCCUACCAAAAUCGAGAAUAUGUAAUGGAUUUCUCGAAUGUUCCGAUGGCAGUGAUGAGCGCAAUUGUACGACAAAUCAAUCUUGAAAAGACUGAUCUUCCAUAUUUUUUUUUCAUAAUUUAUCGAGACAAUUAAAACGCACAAAAUCGUUUUUAAUAAUUAAACACACAAUGAUUUGCGACAAUCAAUUCUGUGUUACUUAAAAAAUUUGUCACAUUAUUCUUCUAUAAUUAACACUGUAAUGUUGAAGAAGAAAAAAAUCCAUUUCUCAAAACGAGAAAAAAAUGUACAAAAAAAAAGUGACAUUUAAUCGAAAACAAUUAUUUUCAUUCACAAAUAUUCUGAAAAAUAAUAGUUGAUCACUGUUACUUAAUUUAAAAAAUUAAAUUAAAAUCAAAUGGAAUUAAUUAUACAAUUAAAUUAUCCAUUGUUAAUUAAUUUUUAAUUGAAUUAAUAAUUAAAGAAUUAAUUUAAAAUUUAGAAAAUAUUCUACUCUGCCUUUUAUAUUGUAAUAAGAGACAAACUAAUGACAAACUUAUUUUU